UGAUUAUCAUGUCGCCAAACUAAUAUGUACGAAUGUAGGUAACACGCGUUUUAACUAUCUUAAUCACAUUUAACUUAAUUGAGUUUGAGUGCUAUUAAAGUGUUUAUUAAGUAAAGUUGAUCAGUUCUUUUACACCCUGCAUAGCGUUCGGUCGGUAUUCUCGUUUAUAAUCUAAAUCAAUAAGUGCGCUCAUUCUAAUGAAACGUUACGUGACCAAUUCAUCGACUGUGGAGUUCGAUCCCAUGUGCGAUAAGGAGAACCCUCAAAAGAUAUCUUUUGAGGAUGUGUCGGCAGCAGCUUUCAGAAUUCAGAGUGGUAUUGUUAAAACACCAUGUGUGAAAUCUCAUAUGUCGGUCACUUUCGCUAUGGAAAUUUAUCUAAAGAAAGAUUUUUUGCAGCAUACAGGAAGUUUCAAAGAACGCGGGGCAAGAAAUGCGUUGCUACUACUAUCGCCAGGAGCGAAACAACGUGGCGUAAUUUCCGCAUCUCUGGGUAAUCAUUCUCAAGGAUUAAGCUUUCAUGCCAACCAGCUGAACGUCCCGACAACCGUUGUAAUGCCGAAUGUAGCACCAAUCAUGAAGAUAGAGAAAUGUCGCUCGUAUGGCGCCAACGUAAUCAUUUACGGUGAUGACAUGAAAGAAGCCAAGUACCACGCUAUGAUUUUGGCAAAGGAGAAGAACCUUACUUACAUUAAUGGCUACGACCAUCCACAUAUAAUGGCUGGACAAGGUACAAUGGGGUUAGAGAUUUUGGAACAAGUUCCUGAUGUGGAUGCUAUCUUGGUACCGGUCGGAGGCGGGGGGCUGCUGGCUGGAGUGGCUACCGCGGUGAAACAUCUCAAACCACAUGUCCUUAUUUAUGGCGUAGAAACGGAAAAAUGCCCAAGCAUGGAUAAUGCAAUAAAAAAUAAUGGGCCAUUGAGCGUAGAAAUUAGAUCCACGCUUGCAGACGGUCUAGCGGUACCAACUGUGGGUUAUAAUGCUUAUUUUACAGUUAAACAUCUGCUCGACAGAAUGAUUACAGUUAAUGAAGACUGGCUGGCUCGUGCUAUACUUCGAUUGGUAGAACAAGAGAAGUAUGUUGUGGAAGGUGGUGGGGCUGUUGGAGUCGCAGCUAUCAUGGCCGGUCUGGUCCCAGAACUUGUUGGCAAGAAAGUGGUAUGCAUACUAUCCGGAGGUAACAUAGACACCACAAUCCUAGGGCGGUGUCUCGAACGAGGACUGGCAGCGGAACACCGUUUAGUCAAAUUCAAAGUGAACGUUAGUGACAGGCCAGGUGGAAUAGCAGAGUUAUGCAAGCUUAUCGCUUCCACCGGUGUAUCUAUUAAGGAUAUCAUACAGGAACGAGCUUGGGUGCAUGGAGACAUCUUCAGUGUUCGAGUAAAAGUGGUAUGCGAGACACGAGGUACGGAGCACAAGGAAGAACUUCGAAAUUUGAUUGCGACAACUUAUAGAGAAUGGUAUUUCACUGGCGAUAGCGACAACUAUCCUGUCAAGACACUAUCUCCAAGCAUGACUAUUCAAGAUCAUAACGAUGAUGACGAUAAUAUUUCCCAUUAGGCCUCGUCUUCUAAGAGCCGUAAGAAUUAUGAUGACAUUAAGCAGACACAAACAUUUUGGUUGAGCUACAGUGUGGUCCUUGUAUAAAAUUCGUAAGCUAAGUGUAUGAUAUAUUAUUGUUGUUACUGCCUAAUUUGGUUUAAGAUUUUUAAAUGUGGAGUAAAUCAAUGUGUUACUAAAGUCUGAAAUAUAUCUAAGAAAAACUCUUGUUUCUCUGAACGUCCAUUGGUUCUUUUAUUUUG